GUUUACACAUACUGACAAUACUGACAUACGGAUUACAUACGGCAUUCCGGCAUUCCGCGGCAUUCCGAGCACAACCCGGAGCGGUAUUGUUAGAAGAUGGUGUGGCUCGUGCUCAUUCACGAUUUUUUUGGUGUCUUUCCAGUAUUUUCGUCGCGUCUGCUCGUGCCGUUCGCGCGCGACGCCGCGUAGGACGGGACCAAAGUCAAAGUGGGUGUUGUUCCCUCGCGAAUAUUUGUAAACACAGUCAGCAAAUCUGGAUGAGACCAGGGAGAGGAUGAUCGCCGCCUCAGAACCGGUGGAAUACAAGCCAGGUGGCCGAGAGAUAAUCUUAAAGCAUCCUGGUUCCCUGAUCAGCCAGCAGUUGUCCAAUAAUCGAACGGUUGGUGGAGAAAAUGUUCUAUUAAAAAGGUUUAGCGAAGUAAAUAUAUCGGAAAAAUCUCCUAAAGAGACAUGGUUGGUACGCGAUAAUAAAAUAUGCGGGGAGGAAGAAUUAUAUUAUUCAGGAAAAGUAGCGGUUCACUGUAAGGGCAAUCAAAGCACUCGCGUGCUUAAAGCAACCUACACAUGUGAAACUGAUAUUAAGCAUGCACUUUGGUGUACCUUUCACACCAGCAUCCCAGAUCACUUGACCAAGAGUAAAGAAUAUGAAGCUGUUGACAAAUCUAUAGAGUGUAUUUGCUUGCUUGAUUCCUAUACUCUUAAGGUUUUUACAGAAAAUGGCGAAGACUAUGUUUCUGCUUUACAAUUUCAGGUCUCCGCCGUGUGGCCGACUAAAUAUGGAAUUAUACUCGAAAAAUCUCAAGUGCCGAUUACAGAUUUGAGGUACUUAUCGUUUGAAAGCAGCAGAGUACCAACGCAACACGAAAAUAAUUUACCAGUGGCGUUUUCAUUAAUGCAUCCAUUAGAUGAAAUUUGUCCUCUACUUAUUAAGCAUGGAUCUGUGUCGUACAUGAACGAGUCGAAUCAGCAAAUUAUAUUCACUAACUCGGAACCAUCCUUUGCGGUGGUAUACGAUACGAAGACGGGUUUGCAUUCGGUUUACAAAAUUCGCAAAGCCUUAGCCGAGGAACGCCAAAUAGUUUGUGGAAGUAACGACACGAACGUCAAUCACUCGACAAUGUCGCCAUUAAAUGUUGGCAGCAAUUUAUCCGCCAACAAAAGCCACACAAAUAAGGGUCCUCUAAGUCCCUUUCUUUUUUCCCUUUCUGGAAUUCCAAGCUUGGAGAUAAAUACAAAUAACACCGGUAUAAGUUUAGGAUUGUCCAAUACGCCGUUUGGAUCGCGUACCACCUCCUAUAGUACCAACUCGGGCGGGCCGUCGCCUUCUCAACAGCAACAGCAUUCACGUUCACAAAGUUCGAUGGCUACCAUUUCACGUUGUCAGUCACCCACACAUUCGGUGGCUAUGUCUCCUCUACUUGGAGCACCUGUAAACUCAAACAUCUUCCAAAGCAGAUUACAUCAGACUAUCAUGGUGACCGGCUUGAAUCAAACGCACAGCCCAGCCACCAGUUACAAUAGCAUCCGAUUGAAAGAUAUUCCAAUCGCAAGCAAACCUUUGUAUCCUGAAAUCUGUCUCGAACAUGUGUGGACGGAAAACGUUGGCGUGUCAAAAGAUACUGGUCGUGCAUCAAAGGUCUUUUUAACAUCGGAUCUUGUUGGACAGAAUUACUUGGGCUAUUUGAUUCCGAAUCGCUCGCAAUUCUCUUUAGUCAGAUUAGAGAAGACUAAUAAACAACAACAGAUCAUUUUCGGGAUGGUAACGAACAUCAUCGCUAAGGAUGCCAUCAGUUUGCCGAAUUUGCAUAUGAUAGCAAUUGUGGACUUGUCAAACGGUAUAGCAUUAUACACAGGAGUUACAUGCGUGGGCAAAUUACACAUAUCCGGCAUGCUCUCCAAUUUUACGGGCAACAAUUACUUUUUAUCGAAUAGCAAUCCUAAACUCGGAUCUCCAUUUCCGAGACGUAGUUCUUUGAUCUCUCAGAGCUGUACAGCCUCGCAUGAGAUUAAAUUCGAAGAAGCUUUACACUUGCUGAGUCCUGUAGGUGGUAAUUGUGCCCGCCCGCCGAUACUGUUGGAAAAUUCAUUGCUGGACACGAAUUUUCUCGCUUUGAAAGAAACUGUGGGCAAUGAGGUAACCGUGGAAUGCGGAAACAAGCAAUAUUUCCGUAUAACAUUACCUGUUUCCAGUACGUCCCCUUUAGUUACUAAAUGUUUAAAUACAUUACGAAGUGUUCUGCAAAGAGACUUGGCGAUGCAAUUGUUGGUUAAAUGGUACGGCGCUAGAAAUGCCCCAGGCCCACAAGACUUUUCACCGGCGCAAGAGUGGGAUCUCUUUCUUACAGUUCUGUUCACGUUAAUGGGAUAUGAUGUGGAAAAACUGCACAUGAUACAAAACAACGAUAAGGAUCAGCUUACGGAACGUAACAGCCCUAUGGUGCUGCCCAAAAAGCAGAAAACUAGCAAUUGCGGAUCUACGGAUGAUUGGCUGUACAUAUUAAAUUCAAACGAAUACAAAAAUUCUCGAAUUUUUGCCUCGAAUGUGUUGAAGGGUCAGAAAAUAUCCAAUUUACUUUGCGGGACGUCUAAAGACGCUACGGAAUCGAGUAACGUUGGCAAGAUAAAUGUACAAGCCAUCUUGUUUCCGCAUUUUCCACUUAUUCUAUUUUCUCUUCAUCUGUUAUACGAAGAAUUGAAAUUAAGCAGCAUCAUAUCGGAAAGUCUGCCGUUGCUCGGGCAACUAUUGUAUCAGUUAAGCAUAGAUCUGAAGUUCGAAAUGUACGCUCAUCAUUACUUUCUCGAUUCACCUUCGUUGUCCUAUCUGAAGACCGUGAGAUCUCAAAUCAGCGAUUCGGAUCUGCAGAAAAUAGCAAUUCCAAGUUACCUGCCACGGAAACCGCCAGGCGUAUUUGAAACGUUAAAUAAUAUGUUGAGCGGAGCGGACGUAACUGCAUUUCCGUAUUUAAGCCACGUUAAUCCAAGAACGAGAAACAUAGUGUAUCUAACAGCGCUUAUGGCAAAUGAAAAUCGUGUUGAUAUAAUGGAAAUGGAAAAGUACAUCAAAUUAAUUGUACCUGCCGGAAAUCGUAUUGAUCUUCAAGAAAUGUACGGAAGCAAAUCUGACAAAGAGAUACUGAAGAAAUUGGAGAAACCCACGACGGAUAGGAUAAUGUUAUUAUAUCAUGAGAUGGAUAUGAAGAAAGGAGACCUCGAGACAUUGCCACCUGCAGUAUCCUUGAUGAUAAAGGACGUUAUGCACAGAUGUAGAGAGAGUCCACCGUCGAAUUGGCCUGUGCACGCGUACGAACUCAUCGAUCGCCAAGAUCUAGCAGUCUUGGAUAAGCAUUUAAAACCGUCGUCGAGAUUGCAAUAUACUGACAGUGAAACGAGGGAUUAUGGGAUAAAGGAUGAACAGGACGACGGCAUGGAAUUUGAUGAUAUGAUAUUAAAGCUACGAUUUAGUAAGGAUCAUAGAAUUGCUGAGGUGCGAAGAUUGCUUAAUUCCUCGAAGCCAAUGAGGAUAGCGAUCGUUCAAAGAUCGAACGUAAGCGAUCACGAGUUCAUAGAGGAGCAGGAAAGGCACCUGCUCACGUUGUGCACGAGAACGAUGGCAUUGCCUGUAGCUAGAGGCAUGUUUACAUUGAGAACCUCCACUCCGAUGAUAACGGAGCAGUUGCCCAUUCCACGGUUAUGUCUAACCGGCAAGGCACCACCCCGUGGAACUACCGUCGAGUUAACUCACAUAGACGUUCCGCCGAACAUGAAUCUGUGGCCGCUGUUUCAUAACGGCGUAGCUGCAGGCCUGUGCAUUCAUCCGGAUGCUGCGAACAUCGACUCGACAUGGAUAGUGUAUAAUAAACAGCAACAGGGUGAAUACGGUGUGGAACACUCGGGAUUUCUGAUGGCGCUCGGUUUAAAUGGGCAUCUGAAAAACUUGGCUCCUUUAAGUACAUACGAAUAUCUGGCCGAUUGUCAUGAAGCUACCAGCGUUGGACUUCUGUUGGGCUUAUCGGCGACUUAUCGCGGCACGAUGAACGUAUCUAUGACUAAAUUAUUAUCGUUGCACAUGGAAACGCUCCUGCCGCCGACGAGUAUCGAAUUAAAUGUGCAGCAGAAUGUCCAAGUAGCGGCGCUAAUGGGAGUUGGCCUUGUAUAUCAAGGAACUGCGCACAGACACAUCUCCCAUGCCUUAUUAUCUGAAAUUGGUAGACCGCCAGGACCUGAAAUGAAGAAUUGUGUGGAUCGCGAGUCGUAUUCCUUGGCAGCAGGACUGGCGUUAGGUUUGGUCAUACUUGGCUUCGGUGGCGGAACGGAUGUACCUGCGAGCAUACCUGAUACUCUGCAUUAUUACAUGGUCGGCGGACACAUAAGACCCUUUUCUGGAGCACAGAAAGAUAAAUACAAGUCUCCCAGUUAUCAAAUACGCGAAGGUGACUCGAUAAAUAUCGACGUAACGAGCCCGGGAGCAACAAUAGCUCUAGGAUUAAUGUACUUCAAUACCGGAAAUCGUGCGGUUGCCGAAUGGAUGCAGCCACCCGAUACGCAGUAUUUAUUAGAAUUCGUGAGGCCAGAUUUCCUGCUGUUGCGAGUGCUCGCCAAGUCACUGAUUAUGUGGGACGAUAUCAAGCCAACCAAAUCAUGGGUUUCUAGUCAUGUGCCGAAUAUCGUUUAUAAAUACAGAUUGCAAAAGCCUACGCCAGAAGUCACGCAGAACGUGGAUUUGGAAACUAUCAACCAGGCGUACUGCAACAUUAUAGCAGGUGCUUGCAUGGCGUUGGGACUGAGGUAUGCCGGCACUGCUAAUAAGAACGCUUUCAAGACCUUGUAUAACUACGCUCAGAUGUUCACGGCAUUGUCACACAAGACUAUAGCCGAAUUGGCUGGCAAAUCCACCGUUGAAACAUGCCUAAACGUUGUUCUGCUUUCGACCGCGGUGGUGAUGGCGGGCACCGGCAAUUUAGACAUUAUGAGGAUAUGCAGGCACAUACGCACUCGCGUAGGACCCGCCAGUGGCGUAGUCACGUACGGCUCUCAUCUGGCAACCCACAUGGCUCUCGGUCUCCUUUUUCUGGGUGGUGGAAGGUACACACUUUCGAACAGCCCGAAUGCAGUGGCGGCUCUGAUAAUUUCGCUUUUCCCAAAAUUUCCAACCCACAGCAAUGACAACAGGUAUCAUUUACAAGCGUUGCGCCACUUGUACGUGUUAGCAGCUGAACCACGUAUUAUCUUACCGAGAGACAUAGAUACUGGCCAAUACUGUUAUGCGACAAUACAUUUAACAUUCGAGAAUGACAAAGAAGCCGAAGGGCAAGAGAUCAAUCUACAGGCGCCGUGCUUAUUACCACAAUUAUGUAGCUUAAAGAAGAUUGAAUUGAAAGAUUCAAGAUACUGGAAAAUUACAUUUUUAAAACAUCACAACUGGCAGCAACUAGAAAAUAUGCUGGAACGACACGAUUUUUUGAGCAUCAAGCAAAGAGCUGGUUGUUUAUCGUACUUGGAAGAUCCUCACGGUCUUAGAAGCUUAGUGGCCCAAACUCUAACGACGGAAAAUGCAAUCGCAUGGGCUGCACGACCAGAAUAUGUCACAUCGUUUACGAAUGACAAAACUGUAUUAAACAUUGUGACGUAUUUUUUGCAAUGGUCUAAAAAAGGAAUGAUUCGUUCUGAAAGUAUCAAAUAUUCGUCGCAAAAUGACGUGCAAUGCAAAAUGCCAGAAUUCGAGCAGUACUUCCUUCACAUAUUCGCAAUAAUCGUGUACGAAUGCAUUACAAAGGAUAAAGUAAGUCUCAUACCGUUAUGGUUGCACAUAAUUAAAAGUAUAAAAAUUAUUGAGGAGCAACCAAACAGCUUCGCGAUAUGGCAAAUAAAGCUCCUUUCGCAAAUGUCGAAAAGAAGCAAUCUUGCGAAUGGCGAAAAUCCGUUAUUCAGCGUAGAGAGUAUGCUCGCGAUUAAGCAGAAAACGGCGAUCAUUCUGGAUAAAUGGGAGCACGAUAUGAAAUCUGUAUUCAAAGAAUAUCUUACGAAUGGAAUUGUACAGGCUGAUAGUGUAUCUCUGGCUAAAAUGUGUGCAUAUUUCAUAUUCUACGACAUACCCUAUCCAAUCGACGAUAAAUCAAUCUUGAAUUCGAUCGCGACGACGCAGUGCUCUUCUGGUAUACCGAAUGUUACGUUGUACAAAUUGCGCAAGAUUUUACAAACAGUUUGAAGGUAAAAUCCUUAUAUAUAAUAAAAUGUUGAAAAUGAUUGAACGAAUGAAAAGAUUGAGUGAAUAAAGAUCUAUUAUUCUUUUCUUUUUAUUAG